UAUUUGUGCAGGUCUUAAAAAAUGUCUUAAGUCUUACAUUUGAGCUCAAAAAUCUUAAAAAUACUGAGAUUAAGGUGAUUUAAGGGAGCUGUUUUGGUCCCUUAAAUUUAUCAAGGUGAAAUAGUUACUAAGGACUUUGUAGCAAUGCUUAAGGGAACACUUAGAUAAUUAAGGGGAAUAUUUAAUGACAACCUUAAGGUUCCUUUAAGUUGACCCUUAGGAUUUUUCUUGCAACCCAAGUUUCACUAAGGGUUCCCUUAACCUUAUAAUUAAGGGAUUUCUUAGCUUAAGGGCUUUCAUGCAACCGGGCCCAGAUCUUUCACCUAUAGAGAACAUUUGGCGCAUUAUUAAACGAAAAAUAGGUUAAAGACGUCCACUCUUCAGCAGCUGGAAACCUAUAUCAGGCAAAAAUGGGACCAAAUUCCAACACCAAAACUCCAGUGCCCGGUUGCAUAAAGCACCUUAAGUUUUUCCCUUAAGUAUGACACUUAAGGGGUGAGUUCCCCUUACCUCAGAGAAUAACUUAAGGAUGUUGCAUAUAAUCCCUUAAAAGGUUCUCUUAGGUAAGGGAAACUGUUAAGUGUUUCACGACAGCGACAGAGAAAAUAUUAUGUUGUUGCCAUGGAUAUGCUACUCACUAUAUGUUUACCAAGUAGCAGAAAAUAAUGGAUAAAGAAAACAAAAAAAGAAAGCCAAAUUGGACAGAGGAGGAGAAGUAUAUACUUCUUGAGGAAUAUGGGAAAAGAAAAAUGAUUUUAAAAAGCAAGUUUAAGCAAGAAAUAACAGAGAAAAUCAACGCACGGAAUCUGGAGGUAAAACGGACUGUUCAGGAAGUAAUAAAAAAAUAUGAAAACAUCUCUGUGGUGGCAAAAAAAGAAAUAAGCUUCCACAACAGGGAGUCCAACAAAACUGGUGGAGGACCACCGCCGCCUGAACUGUCAGGCUCUACUAAAAUGGUCCAAGACACCAUUGGGGCAGACUCACCUGUCCUGGCUGGCAUCUCUGGAGCUGAACCAGAGGAACAGCAUAACACGGAACUUUCCCAGCAAUCUCCGGAGAAGCAGCUUCAACACCAACAGAGCGCCAACAGUACGCCAAACCAACCAGCAGUCAAAACAAUGCAAAUACAAUCUUCCAUCGCUACACGAGAAGAAGUGCUGGAACUGCAGAGAGAAGUCCUACAGCUACAAAAGACCAAACUGCAGUUAGAGAUUGAAAAACUCAAAAAGGAGAAGAAAAAUCAAGAUCUAUACAACUUCAUUCUUAACAACAAACUUCUACAGCUACAAAGUGAAGGGAAAGUAACGAUCGCAGAAAUUGAUGAAUAAAUACAUUCUAUGACAGUUUUUAAAAGUGUUGUGUUUUUAAUAUAAUUACAAGAGCAAAUAUAUUAAUAAAAUAAAUAUAUACAAACCAA